UGCGUCAUUUUGGGUUUGAAGGGUGAGAGGUUACCGAAAUGGCAGCGCACAUAAGGACGCGAGCAUGGGUGUCACUCUCUCCAAAUUAUGAACGCGCAACCAGCGUUUUAAGAAAGACUUUCUGUCAUCUGAGCCGAACCGGGACGGACUGGGUCCCUCGGGCUCAAUCGACAAUGCUAACCCGCGGUUCGGUUGCAAACACCCGGUGCUUGUGUAAGUCGACCGGAGCAGCUGCGCAGCUUGCCCGACGCAUUCUGCACCAGGGAGCCGCCGCCGCCGCCGCCGCCGGGAGAGAGACCCCGAAUUCGGGUCGGGACGGCCUGAGGGGUGCAGAGACCGGUCGCGGUUCCGGAGCGAAGACGGGCAAGGGUGUUAAAAAAAUAAAGGCGGUGGACCUGGCUCUAAAAGUGCGGAAGGAGAAGAGAGAAGCGGAUGUUGGAAAAGUCAAACUGGCGAAGUCUGACUCCCCAGUACUGAGGAGAGUUCAGGAGUUGAGACAGUUUACCUUGCAGCUCCAAAAGGUCCACCCCAACGUUUUAGCCAAAGCACUAAAGAGAGGGAUUCUGUACGAGGACCAGGAACUGAUAGCAAUCAAUAAACCCUAUGGGGUCCCAGUGCAUGGGGGCCCUGGAGUGAAGAAUAAUAUUGGGGAGGUGCUUUCCAUUCUCGCCAAGAUGACAGGCGGGAUGGGGGCGGAGCCACUGCAUCUCUGUCACCGAUUGGACAAGGAGACCACAGGCGCCAUGCUGUUGGCGAAGAGUGAGGAGUCAGCGGACCACAUCCAUCACCUCUUCAAAACUCACCAGGUUGUGAAAAAAUACUGGGUGCUGUGUGUCGGGGUACCAGUUCCCUCUGAAGGUGUUAUUGAUAUCCCCAUCAUUGAGAGGGAGGUCAGCAGCCCCCAGCCACAUUUUAAGAUGAGCCUGGCUCCAGUGUUCAGGCUCUCUGAAGGAGGGGAAUCGGUGACCCGGGUUCGACCCAGCAGGAAGUCUCAUCAGGCAGUGACUCACUACUGCACGCUGGCCAGCACUGGGACCAGUGCCUUAGUGGAGCUGCAGCCAGUCACAGGAGUGAAGCACCAGAUUCGAGUUCACAUGUCGCUGGGUUUGGGCUGUCAGAUUCUGGGCGACCACAAGUACGCACACAACAGCAAACUGGCACCGCAGAAGCUGUCCGAAGGUUUUCUGCGCAGGCUGGGGCUGGAGCAGAGCAAAGCCCGCCAUCUCCCACUGCACCUCCACGCUCGUCAGCUGAUCUUCCCUGGGGGGCGCGGGGGUCACCAAGAGAUCAUCGUCUCCAGCCCGCUCCCCAAAUUCUUCCUCACCUCCUUGAAGAGGCUGAAGAUCGCGCUGCCAGGCAAGGAGGAACCAUAGAGGACGUCUCGCUCGAUUUGCUCACUGCCCCCCCCCCCCCCCCCCCCCGGAGGUGUGGAGGUCACUUUGUACUCAAACGCAGGACUGGAAAUCAGACUCCUAUUGCACAGCAGUGUGAUCCAGUCCAGGUUUUGCUACCAGCUUGAUCAGCCCCCAGUGU